CCAAGCCUUUCUGAGUAAUCACAGUUACUGAUGAUUCAGUGGCUGGUCGUCGCGUCUCUCAACAACUGCUGUGCGUUUAGUGGACUCUACCAGGCAAGGAACAGCUGCAGUUAAAACAACUCAAAGGAUGGCCGAGGGACAUGUCUGGCUGCUGUUUCUGCUGUGUGGCUUUCACACACCCCUGGAAUCUGUCGGUGUACAACUUGUGGGGAUCCCCUCGGAAACUCAACUGACUGAGGCCCUUAUCAAUUCCGAGCGGCAUCACACAAGCAAUGUUUCGUCUACCCUGACGGUUUGCGAUAAUUCUGAAGGAUUAAUUGUUGGCAGUGAUGAUUUAAAGCCACUUGAUGUUUUUAACUCGACGGUGUGUGGCACGGUCAAUCUUAACAAGAUCGUGGAUGAACUUCUUGACGGUCUCCGCGUAGACAUCAUAAAGCAGGGAAAGGACCGAAUCAAAAUCCCAGACAUAGACGAAACAUUCAACAAAAGAGUGUACUUCAUUAAAGUUAAAGGUGAGUUCAAAGGUGAAAACGGCUGGGUGGAAAGUCUCUCCACCAUCCACAGAACAGCUGAUGCAGUAGCUUCGUCUUACGGCAAGAACCUCUCAGUUUCAUGUGGCUUUGGACUCGAACAUCUGGAAGUGGGUUAUGACAGGUACAGAGCGAAAUUCAUGAGACUCGGACCGCAUGGAAAGAUAAAUGGAAUUGUUGGCAAGAAUUCUAUACUUUUGAAAGCGACUGUAGCCUGGACUAAUCAAAAUUGCACUGUAGCUUUAAAUCAGCUGGUUUUAGACAGUUUCGGAGAUUUUAAGUUGAAAGUCACCGGUUUGGGGCCCAUGAACUGGUUGCUUUCCAAAAUCUCAACUUGGAUUUUGCAACAUUUCGAAUCAGAAAUUAAAGGCAGAGUAGAAUCCACGCUGAGAGAAGAAAUAGAGAAGAAACUGGACCAUUUUGACUGCAGUAAAUACUUCCCUAAACCCUAAUGUUAGAUGAUUACAAAGUGAAUUAGUACAUACCAUUAGAUCUUAAAGCGGGACGAGGCGUGAACUGAAAUUUGCAGUUUACGUCUUUUCAAAAUAAGUUAAUUACAACUUUAUAUUCUGACAAAGGUCGGUGGUUACCUACAUGAUGUCAAGUUGUGGCUAAUAGAAUGGCGGUUUCGCUAUGAUUCUAGCCUCGUGACCAAUCGAUUUGGUUGAGAUAUACAUAUAAAUUUUAUAUUAAUGUUUCCAAUUUAAAGAAAUUAUAACUCUGAUAUUAAUAAAUAUGCUGAUAUGAUACGAAACACAACGUAUUGGAGCGAACUUCAUGUUUGUUUUUACAAUUUGCAGUUUUACAAGUGCUCAAUAUGAAUAUGGCUCCCGCGAGUUAAUGUCAAAGUUAUGAUUCCUUUAAACAGGAACCUAAUUGUGACCCACUCUUAAUUACUAAUGUAAAUCUUACAACUUUACAAUUAAAAUUUGUAUUCUCUUUCGUA